AUGAGUAACAGUACUAAUUCUUAUUUGACAGACCACAGAUUUUAUUUUUACACCCAGUUCGCUACUGGCAUCUGUCUGGCGAUUCUGUCACCUAUAACAAUAACUAGUAAUGUGUUGUUACUGCUCACCAUCUUCAAAGAUCCUCUCAAGUGCUUCCGUGCACCAGCUACGUAUUUCAUCAUCGCUUUAGCCUCAGUUGACUUAGCAACGGGCCUGCUUGUUGAACCUUUCUUUAUAGUGUAUCGUGUUGCAAGGUAUGUAAAAUGGUCCCCUACGCCAGGCGAGCCGUACAACACCCUACAACAAUUUGGAGUUUGCUUGUCUUACGUGGGCCUCAACGCAUCCUUUUUGCUUGUUCUUGGCCUCAUUUUAACGCAGUACAUCGCCAUAACAUACCCGCACCACUAUCGCUCAGAAGUGACAACCCGCAGGGUCCUUGCUUGUGUUGGGUUCUCGUUGGUGUACUUUACCGGUUUCAUUCUGUUGCAGUUCGUUGGGGUUGUCCAAGUGAUAUUAUUUCAAGUAGAUCUCCAUCUUCACUCUACUCUGAUAACGGUUUUGCUUAUCCUUGGUUCCGCGAUGCUUUUGAGAUCAUUUCGCCAAUUCGCCAAAGUAUCUCGUCGGCUCGGAGGCUUGCGCAAUCUUGAGAAUCGAGUUGAGGGCGGUUACGCGGGUACUCCUCGAACGAACAGAAUUUGCGAGAAACAGUUUACGAUUAUAACCUUGAUUUUAUCAGGAAUUCUCAUCGUGUGCUCUCUUCCCCAUCUUAUCACCGUUCAUAUGAAGUUUUACACAAAACAGGAAACCUUGCAAGAGAAGCUUGACCUCUCUGCUGCGAUCACUAUCGCGGAUGAAAUGAUGUUCGUCAAGGUGGCAUUAGAUGCGUUCAUCUACGCGUGGAGACUAACCAAGUACCGGAGGUCGUUGAAACUAGUGCUUACCUGCCGUUCGAACCAAGUUACUUCUGAAGCCACUGAAGUAAGGACGAUGGAAAAUUUCACUGUUAAGUGA